AUGCCAUUGUCUUCUGGCCGCGUGGCCGGCAACAGCGCGUUUGCGAUGAUUUACGACGACCCACUCUUCGGCAUCAUGGCCGACGACGACGAUCCAACCAAUAACGAGCAGGUGGCAUUCUAUGACGAGGCAGAAGCAGAAGCGACAGACGAAGCGGCCGCUGCAGGGUGCGACUGGAUGGACGAAGUCGAUUUUGGCAGUCCGCGAAGCAUCACAGAUGCGCCACAGCUAUCAGACGAGGCAGGGCAUGAAUGGGAGUUGGCACUGGAGCUGCAGAUGCAGCUCGAACAGCUGACAGACCCACCGUCUCAGGUACAGACAGAGCCACAGCUGGAACCACAGACAGAACUGGAGCAAGAAGUGCAGCCAGAAAUGGAGCCAGAAUUGGAGCCAGAACUGGAUCAAGAGCCAAUACUGCAACCUCACGUUCCUCUGGCCGAAGACGAAGCGAGCCAGCACGCAGAUGCACUCAUGGAGGAUAUGGUCCUCGAACUUCACCAAGAGACUCCCGAAAAGCCAUCCCCUCAGCUUUCUGUCGAACCCUGCGAACUCCCCCAGGCUGAGACCAUCCUCGACGUGCCAGAUCGCUCGCCCGCCGUUCGCUCGGACGACCACCAGCCAUCGCAUGGCGACACUACCGUCCAGAUGCAGGUCAUCAUCAGCCCGCUGCCUGCCUCCCGCCGCGCCGAGUACAAGACGCUUCCGGCUAGCAACUACGUCGCCACCGUCGUGCGGAGAGUCCGGGGCAAGGACCGGUUCGAAAUUGAGUUUGACGACGGAGAAAGGCGACAGGUUCACAUUGGCUCGCUCUUCACUCUUCCCAACGGCCAGAAAUCUCUGCAGAGAUUCAGACAGACAGAAGAAGGCCGAGUCAGUCUCUCCGCACCCAACGGCGGAUCCUCCAAACGGCGCAAGAUACACCACUACCGCGACGAGUUCUCCGAGCAAGACGACGAAGACGACAUCUUGCCAUCCGACAUGGACAUGGACACCGGCACGGAUACGGAUGACCACCGGGACAACAGCCGGCUGGAUGAUUCGAACGCCUCCGACACCGGCCUCAGAAACGAGCUGACGGGCUCAAAGAGCACCAACAGACAGGACCGAGGCGACGAUCCACGUCUGCGCCGCCGCCACCUGCGGUCGCUGACCGAACUGGUGCAGUCGGGCACGCGCCACAGCUCGCGACUCACAUCCACGGCCACGGCCACGGCCACGGGCACAGAAGACGACGAAGCCACGAUCGGCACGUCCGGCCGUCAGCUGCGGUCGCGCAGGUCUCUGCCACCGCAGCGGUCGGCCAAGAACGACGACGACGACAUGGACGAGCUUGCAGGCGACGGCGAUUUUGUUGUGCUCUCAGACAUCCGGCCGAACCAGCGGCCACGACGGGGCUGGAACAAGAGACCGCGCGGAGGAGGAAGCCGCCGCUAUAUGCGCGAAGACUCGAUCGAGAUGGAGGUGAGACAGCGGCCGAGCAGAGCGGCCAAGAAUAUGCGCAGCAUGGUCGACAGCUUCAACGAAGACGACGACGACAUGCUGUACGCCGAUGACGGCGAUCGGUCUGCCGCUGUGACGACGCCCAAAAUCAUCAACGUCAAGGAGGUCUUCCAGCCGCUGACCGACGAUGGCGCCUUUGCCGACGUGCACUCGCCUCUCUGCGACAGCUGUGGCGGCGGUGCGCGGGCAGCCAACAAGGGCCUCCUGCUGCACUGCCAGGGCUGCUCGUUGUCGUACCACCGCAACUGCAUCGGCUAUCGCAGCGCGCGCGACCACAUGGCCACCAAGGUCGGCCCCGACAGCUUCGUGCUGCAGUGUCGCUUCUGCGUCGGCGUCGUGGCGGCGCGUGAUGCCAACAGUCCCAAUCUCAGCUGCUGCUGUGUCUGUCGGCAGUCUGGCGUCGCCUGUGCCGCCUUCUCGCACAAGAAGACGGCCAAACAGGAGGAGAAGCUGCGUCAGGAAAACGACGGCAUCGACCCCAUCACCCCGGUCGACCCAGGCCUGCUCAACCGGCCGGAGAACGUGCUGUUUCGCUGCUCCAACUGCCGUCUGGCCUUUCACUUCCAGCACCUGCCGCCGCCGUCUGCCGAUGUCGUGUCCGAUCCGUCUGCCAUCGACCGGCUGCAUGCCGACCGUCUUGCCGAGUACUCCAUCGACUGGAAGUGCCGCGAGUGUCUGGACAUGCCCGCCAGGAUCGAUGCGCUCGUCGCCUGGCGUCCGAUGGCCGGCGAGAAGGCAGCUGGCCAGACGAUGGACCAAUGUCCUGAGGACGAGCGCGAGUACUUGGUCAAGUGGCAUGGCAUGUCGUAUGCCCACUGUGUCUGGAAGCCGGGCGCCUGGAUCUGGGGAGCGGUACAUUCGGCCAUGCGCAGUGCUUUUGCCAAGCGCGGCGGCGAGCUCGGUCCACCGCCUGUGUUCGAUAGCAAGGAGGCCGUUCCGGAGGAGUAUCUGCUGGCCGACGUGAUCCUCGCGGUACGGUACAAGCAGCAGCGCCCGCGCAAUGAGGACAUUGACAAUAUCGACGCCGCCUGGAUCAAGGUCCAGGGUCUCGGCUAUGAUGCCACCGAGUGGGACGGGCCUCCGCCACGCGAUUCUGGCCGCCGGUGGGAUGCGUUUGCGGCUGCCUAUGACGAGUAUCUCGGCGGCCGCAACUUUCAUGUCGAAUCGAGCACGGUCAUCGCCAAUCGCAUCCGAGAGUUCCGCAAGCGUCGGCGCUUCGAGGUCGCUCGCUCCCAGCCGGCCGGCCUAACCAACGGCAGCCUGAUGCCCUAUCAGAUGGAGGGUCUCAACUGGCUCCUGCUCAACUUCUACAAGAGCAAAAGCGUCGUGCUAGCCGACGAGAUGGGCCUAGGCAAGACCGUCCAGGUAGUUGCGCUGCUGGCGGCCGUCGUGCUUGGCGAGCCGCGCUGCUGGCCCUUUCUCGUCGUCGUGCCCAAUGCCACGUGCGGAAACUGGCGUCGCGAGAUCAAGACCUGGGCUCCCGGUCUGCGUGUCGUCACGUACCACGGCGGCCGCGAGGCUCAGCGACUCGCGUACGAAUAUGAGCUGUUUCCUGACAAGUCACGUGACAUGCGCGCGCACGUCGUCAUCAUGUCCUACGACUCGGCGCAGGACGAGACGACACGCUCGCGCUUCAAAGGUGUCAGCUGGGCCGGCCUGGUUGUUGACGAGGGCCAGCGGCUGAAGAACGAUCAAAAUUUGCUGUAUCUGGCCCUGCGGGCAAUGCGUAUCGGCUUCCGGCUGCUGCUGACCGGCACGCCGCUGCAGAACAACAAGCGCGAGCUGUUCAACCUGCUGCAAUUUGUCGACAGUAACAACGACGCGGCCGAGCUGGACGAGCGCUACAGCGAUAUCACGGCCGAGAACCUGCCCGAGCUGCACAAGCUGAUCCGGCCGUACUUUCUCCGCCGCACAAAGGCCGAGGUGCUCAAGUUCCUGCCGCCCAUGGCCCAGAUCAUCGUGCCUGUCAGCAUGACGGUGCUGCAGGAGAAGCUGUGCAAGUCCAUCAUGGCCAAGAACCCGGAUCUGAUCCGUGCCAUCUUCUCCAAGACCCGGCUGCGUGUAGCCGAGCGCAGCAGCCUGAACAAUAUCCUCAUGCAGCUGCGCAAAUGUCUGUGUCACCCCUUCAUCUACAACGAUGCCAUCGAGGAGAAGACUGUCGACCAGGCCACCAUGGUGCAGAAUCUGGUUGAAGCCUCGUCUAAACUCGUGCUGCUGCGCAUCAUGCUGCCCAAGCUCAAGGCCCGGGGCCGUCGUGUGCUGCUCUUCAGCCAGUUCCUGCACCAGCUGGACAUUGUCGAGGACUUCCUCACCAUCCUCGGCCUGCCGUACGGCCGUCUCGACGGCAGCAUGUCCAGUAUGGAGAAGCAGAAGCGCAUCGACGCCUUCAAUGCCCCCGAUUCGCCGCUGUUUGCCUUUUUGCUGUCCACGCGUGCCGGUGGUGUUGGCAUCAACCUGGCCACGGCCGACACCGUCAUCGUCAUGGACCCCGACUUCAACCCGCACCAGGACAUGCAGGCCUUCUCGCGGGCCCAUCGUAUCGGGCAGAAGAACCACGUGCUCUGCUUCCAGCUCGUGACCAAGGACAGUGUCGAAGAGAAGAUCAUGCAGGUCGGCCGCAAGAAGAUGGCGCUCGAUCACGCCCUCAUUGAGUCGAUGGACGCCGAGGACGACGCUGGCAACGACCUUGAGUCCAUUCUGAAGCAUGGUGCCGAGUCGCUGUUCAGUGAGCACAGCGAGCUGAACCGCAUCGUCUACGACUCCGCUGCCGUGGACCAGCUGCUGGACCGCGCUGCGCAGAUGGACGAUGAGAAGAAGACAGAUCAGGCGGAAGGCACCGAGUCGCAGUUCUCGUUUGCGCGCGUCUGGGCCUAUGAAACCGGUUCCCUGGCCGAUGCUGACAUUGAAAUGGGCGAACGAGCCGGCCACAGCGAAGAUGACCAUGCGAACGGCAACGACGCAGCGAUGGCGGGAGUCUGGGACAACAUCAUCCGAGAACGGGAGGCCGAGGCGGCACGCAUUGCAGCCGCCAAUAAAGAGGUGCUCGGCCGCGGUGGCCGCCGGCGAACAAAGGUGAUGUAUGCAGCGCCUCGCUAUGAUGACGGCGUCGAUGCAGAAGCGCGAGGACCGCAGAGCGACGAGGACGCGGACGGAAAAGACCACGAUGACGGCGAUGCCGAGUUCGAGGCCGAACGAGAUGUAGCGUCGUCGAGCGACGAGGACGACGCGGCCGACAGAGGCACCGGAUCCGAUGUUGGCGGGCUGUCUGGUGAUGGAGGCGUGGACAGCGCGACAGGCCGCAAGAAGCGCGGAAAACAGCCAAAAGGUACGGCCAUUAGCACUCCCCGGAAGAAGGCAACACCCAAGAAGGCCACCCCCAAGUCCAGCCCGAAGAAGAUGAAGACGAGGACGCCCCAGAAGGCCACACCCAAGCGGGCAGUGGCAGAAAGGUCCAGCAGUGCUCGCAAGGCGAAGAUGUUGGGAGAAGUGCAGAAGCAGAAGAAGCAGACGCCCGUCAAGACGACGACGCCGAAGACGAAGGGGCCAGCCAAGGUGGUGACGAGCCGAGGCAGAAAGACAAAGGCGACUAGUUCGGCGCCGGGAGAGUCUCCCCAGAAAAAGGCGAGGGUGGAAGACGAUGGAGAGAGCAUGUCGAUGCUGUCGACGCGGUCGUCGCUGCGGUCGUCGCCGGCACCAUCUCUGACGACGCUGUCAAUGACGUCCGUCCAAACUCUUUCUUCUGAUACUGACACGACGAUUUCCCAGCAGACGGUGCGUCCCCGGCAGAAGAAGUCGGCAGCAGCACAUCCGCCGGCCAACUCGCUGCAGCGUCUGGUGAAGCGCACGCACGACGCUCACGUCGGCGUAAGGAGCGAAAAGCAACGGAUGUCGGAAGCGGUAACGAGAGUGGCGGCCGCGUCGCGCGAGCAAGCCUCCCAGCAGCAGGGUGGCCGCAUGAUGCGCAAGCCCGCCUGCAAGGUGGUAACGAUCAAAGCGGACAAUUGGGACCACGAGGACGUGGUCUCGAAGAUGGAAGAGUCGCCAGGGCUACCCUUUGCCCUUCGUCCACCACGGGAUCCCGGACCGCCCCAAAGUCCUGUUGUUUUCGAUGUGACUGGGUCUCACCAUCUUGGUCCUCGUGUGGGCAACGGAAGUGCGGCGGACAUCAAGCUGCAAAACGAGGUGGACGUGCGGCUGGCACUGGAUGUGCUGCGACCAUCGCAGCCGCACGAGGCGCUGCCACUGCGGGAGGCGUUGUUUGAGAGGCUGCGGCACUUUGCGCAUAAAAAGCAGUGA